AUGACAAGUGUGGGACUUCAGGGAACUGCGUACAAAAUAGUUCCGACCGAAUUUGAAAACGCGAAAAAGAAAAACGAGAACUCAAAUAGCGGCAUGUCCGUCUCCGGUACCAAUAACGACCAUGGCAGUGGUACCGUGAUUCAUCGCCGGCUUCUCCGAACACCGAAGUGUGCUCGAUGUCGUAAUCACGGCGUCGUCUCCUGCUUGAAAGGACAUAAGCGGUACUGUCGUUGGAGGGACUGUCAGUGCGCCAAUUGUUUGCUGGUCGUGGAACGGCAACGCGUAAUGGCAGCGCAGGUAGCGCUCAGAAGACAGCAAGCUACGGAAGUCAGCAAAGGAACGAAAACCAAGUCAUCGAAUUCGGCCGCCAAGAGAGUAUACCAACGCAUCGGCAAGCAGCAAAGCGCUACAAAUGCGAAAGAAAUACUUGAAGGUUACCGGGCCCGAGCCAAUCGACUGAUGUCGAAUAUUGCAUCGAAUAACAGCAACAACAACAACUACCCAGGGCUUUACCUGCCAACACCUUUAAGUGAGCGCCUGAGAAAGCGGCGCUGUUUCGCGGAUAAAGAACUAGACACCACCAUAUUGUUGGAUCGCGAACGGCAGUUUCGAUUUCUUCAGAGUGUUAGCGGUGCCGCUCCGAGCCUGAUCAAUUCACAAUACUCGGGAACGCCGAUGGUUUUACGAACGUUGCCGAAGGUGAACAUCGCGCCCAAAGAAUUCCUCACGCGCAUAUUUCCCGAUCAAAGCCCGAGUGUGCUGGAGCUGGUCUUGCAAGGAUGUGGUGGCAAUUUAGAGAAAGCGAUAGAGCAGGUCGUCGGCACAAUGCGACAGUCUGCAGCCAUGAAUAUUCAGAAUAUGACGUCGUGGCCGUUUAUUAGCAACCAGUUUAAUUCAUAUUCUAGCGAACAGCUACCGUUUCAUAUAUCGCGUUAUUUGGCGAGUCAGGCAAGUGUAGGGAAAUUGGCCAAUCGCUUGUUCGCGGCACAGUCACGUGUGUACAUGGCAUCGUCAUCGGCAUCAGUGACCAAUCAUCUCCUCCGAGAAAAGUCAGCCUUUUCACCACCGGAUAAACUCGCCAGCAAGAGAAUAUCACCACAGAGUAAACCGUUUCGUGACGACGACUCAACAACCAGUAGCAUGGAAUGUGAUGCAAGUGACGACGAUGAUAUGUCGCAAAACACUCCGGGUGAUGCGAAAGAUAAACUUCGGGAGACCGGUGUCGUUUCCGCUCGUGCUUUGGCGUUUUCUGUUGAGUCCCUUAUCGGCAAGCAUUGA